AUGAUAAAGAGAAAUACCUAAUUAAAGAAAUAAAUAGCAUCUUCCAGAAAUUAAGGGACCAACAAUAAGGCGUGUCUGAAGCCUUAGGUCUUCCAAUUCCCGCAGUUAAUGAACAAAACCACUACGUUUUCUGAAGCCAUCAGAUUCUAAGGGUAGAUUCAAUAGCCAUUGACGCCGGAGAUUAUGAUUAGACAAUCCAUCAACAAACCCAGGGUGAUCGAGCAACCCAAAUUCAAAAACAAUUAUGGAGUUUAACGCUUUUCGGCUAAGGUUGUUUCAAAGCAAUAAAAUGUGAAGGAACCAGUCAUCAUAAAAAUAACUACAAGCAAGAAUCAGCAGGUGAUUCAAUAAUUGGAAGAAUAGAGUGAAUAUCAAUUGAGUGAAUUGGGCACAUUCGACGAUUUGAUUCAGCAAAUCCAAGAACGGGUUUUGGCUAAAAAUUCAAACAUCUUAUAAUUGGCAUAAGACAUCUGUUCAAUAGAAGCCAUUGAUUUGAGAGGUCUUUAAUGCAUACCCUAAUUGAUCAAGCAUCUUUUGAUUUCAUCAGUUUAGUAAUAACUUCAGAUACCUUAAAUUUUAUCGAUCUUAUUCACAUUAAGCGAAGAAAUCAUGACCAGAGAUGAUCUUGAUGAAUCCCUAUUGGAAAUCAUCAAAGUCUAUUUGCAGAGAGGUUACGAGACCAAUCUUCAAAUGAUUGUCGUCUUCAUCAAACGUUGUGGGUAGAUGAUUUAUUAUAUCAGAGCCAAUAAAUAGAAGGUGUUGAGUGAACUACUCAUAACACUCUUACUCAAAUUCAAUGGGUUUAACACAUAUGAAGAAUCUCAACUGCAAUUGGCCUUCAAUAUUGUAUUGAGACACAAGCAAUUGAGAUUGCACAUCAAGGAGAAUAAAGAUAUUGUCAAAUUGAAACAACCCACAUUGGUAGAGUAACUAUAGAAAUUUAAAAUUACAAUUAAUUGA